UCGAAUGCAACGAUGUUGAAAAUGAAAAAAACUGGCCGCCGUUCUCGGUCGACAAGGUGUCGCGUCACUUACGAACGACAAUCUUCGAAGCUUGUCAUUCACCCCACUCUUAUCUCGACGCCUUCGUUUCGAAAGAAUAGAAAACUCUGGAAGAAAAAAAGGCUAAAGAUGAAAAAGACCAACGAGCCGAAGAGGUUCGUCAAGAAAUUUUUUUCUGAAGGUGUCGAUGAUACGGAAUUAACGAAAACUAGACUACGGCAACGCCGAGAAGCGUACUUUUUUAUGGCUGCAUUGAUGUUCACUAUUUCUACUUUAAUAGCGAUCGUAGUGUGCGUCAGUGAACCUGUGAGCACUCGGAUCGUUUCCCGAUCGGAUCAGGAUAUCAAUGGUGUAAUAGGCACGACCGGAAGCAAACUAUACAUACCGAAAUCGGCUGUUUCAAAUACACUGACGAUUGUGGCAUAGAAUGAACGACGUACUCCAUUCCCUUAUAGGAAAUUGCGACAAUCGAGAAGCAAGCAGUUUAAUGGGCUCCCUAGAAUGUAUCGUGCGCGUUUCGUAGUUUUGCAACUGAUCGCGCAAAAAACAGUCGAUUUUAACUCGGCGAGCCAGAGCACAAAUUUUUGGUCGUCGUUUUGAGAAAAAAAAAAAAAAAACACACGUUAUGAAUGAGUUCUCGUCGUCACUGGGAUAAUUUUUGCCCCAGGUUGC